CACACACGCUAAUCUAGCAACGAACCUAAAAACUAAGCAGCUAGCAACUAUGGAAGGCAAGGUGCUCGUCGCCGUCGCCGUGGUCGUGCUGCUCGUCGUCCUCUCCAAGCUCAAGUCAUUGUUCGUCGCGAAGCCGAAGCUUAACCUCCCCCCGGGGCCAUGGACGCUGCCGGUGAUCGGCAGCAUCCACCACCUCAUCACCAACCCAUUGAUCUAUCGCAGACUGCGCGAGCUCGCGCAGAAGCACGGGCCGCUCAUGAUGCUGCGGCUGGGCGAGGUGCCCACGCUGGUGGUGUCGUCGCCGGAGGCCGCGCAGGCGAUCAUGAAGACGCACGAUACCUCGUUCGCUGACCGGUUUACCAAUGCCACUCUCGAUGCGAUCACCUAUAACGCCACCGACUUGGUGUUCGCGCCCUACGGCGAGCGGUGGCGCCAGCUCCGCAAGAUCUGCGUGCUAGAGCUCCUCAGCACCACUCGCGUGCAGUCGUUCCAGCGCAUCCGCGAGGAGGAGGUGGCGCGGUUCAUCCACAACAUCGCCACGUCCGCCGCCGUCGGCUCCUCCGUGGACAUGUCCGAUGGGAUUAACAAGUUCAUCAACGACGCCUUUGUGAGGGCGUGCGUCGGCGGCCGGUGCGAGUACCAGGAAGAGUACCUCGACGCCUUCCACAUGGCGGUUCAGCAGACGUCGGGGCUAACCGUUGCCGACCUCUUCCCGUCGUCUAGGAUCAUGCAAAUGCUCGGCAGGGCACCGCGCAAGGCGCUCGCGGGCCGUGACAGAAUGCAGCGCAUCCUCGAGCAGAUCAUCCAGGAGAAUAAGGAAAGCUUGGACCGCGGCGACAAGACGGCGCAAGAGAGCUUCAUCGGUGUCCUGCUCAGGCUCCAGAAUGAAGGCGGCACGCCCAUCCAGCUCACCAACGACACCAUCUCCUCGCUCAUGUUUGACAUGUUUGGCGCGGGCAGCGAUACCUCGGCGAGCGUACUGAUCUGGAGUAUGACGGAGCUGAUCCGAUCCCCGGCGGCGAUGGCCAAGGUGCAGGCCGAGGUGCGAGAGGCCUUCAAAGGGAAGAGCACAAUCACCGAGGACGACCUCGCCAGGGCCGAGCUUAGCUACUUCAAGCUUGUGAUCAAGGAAACCCUCAGGCUGCACACUCAUCUCCCAUGCCUUAUCCCACGCCAAUGUCGCGAGACAUGCCAGGUCAUGGGCUACGACAUCCCCAAGGGCACAUCAGUGCUCGUUAACGUGUGGGCGAUUUCCAGGGACCCCAAGUACUGGGAUGACCCCGAGGAGUUCAAGCCAGAGCGGUUUGAGAAGAACGACCUGGAUUACAAAGGGACAAACUAUGAGUACCUCCCAUUCGGUUCCGGUCGCCGAAUGUGCCCGGGCAUAAACCUCGGGCUGGCCAACAUCAACCUCGUACUGGUGAGCCUUCUGUACCACUUCGACUGGAAGCUGCCUGAUGGGAUGGAGCCUAAGGAUGUCGACGUAUGGGAGACUGUAGGGCUCAUCGCGAAUAAGAGAACCAGCCUGGUUUUGCACCCCGUCACUCGUAUUGCUCCUGCUAAUGCGUAAAUAAGGCGGACAUAAUAUAUAUACAGAGAGAGAGAGAUAUAUAUAUAUAGAUAAAGGUGCAUGAACUAGUAUGGCAUGAAUCAUGAUCGAUUGCGUGCUCUAAUGAUUAGUUGUGUGAGAAAUAAGUGCCAGACAUGGAUUCUAUAUGUAUAUCCAAGCACUGGACCGCUCUUGUUAAAUCUAUAAUCAGAUGAAGUAUAUAAACACUCUUUUGCCUUUUUGAA